AUGACAGAGAACGGAGAGAACGAAACACCGCCCGUGAAACGUCGUGCCUUAACUGCGAUAAAACGUCCUCUGCCGUUGUCUGCACAAAAAAAACAAGAGAGUACCGGGAAAAAACGUAGAGCGAUUGCGGCCACACCAAUAAACAUUAAACAGGCAUUAGACGGCGGGAACACCAUGCGACCGGAUACUGCAAGUUCGAACAUGGUUGAAGGCUCGAUUACUCAGCCGACAGUGACAGAGGCAGCUUCCGAAGAAACGCCGUCUAAAAUGUUACGAAAAUUGUCCAGAGCAUUGGUCCAGAGUAAACAGACACAAAGAAAACGUAAUAGCACCCCCCGCAAACCGAAAACGCGUCAUACGCCUAAUACCGCGCGUUUCACCCCAAGUUCUACACGAAGGUCAUCAAAGAAACCGAAUAUCAGGAAUAGUGAAAUAAAGAUAAGGAAAAAACAAACUCCACAAGAUUUGUUGAGAGUAUUGUCGCGAGCUCCGGGAUUUGUGCAGAGGCCAGCUGAACGUGAGAUCAAGGAAGCAGACGCUGAAACACAUGUUCCCGAUCAGGUCGAACCCCAACCGAAAGACGGAGUAUCACAGCAACAAGAAAGUGAUGAAAACAAGGAAAAUGAGUUGGAUACGGAAGUACAACGUCGCAUGAUUCUAGGUGACAGCGAUGAUGAAUUCUCAAAAGUGUUUGGCGAUCAAAUAACCGAGACUAUCGAGUUCACCGGUGAAGUUGCUGAUGAUAUUCAAGAAAUCAUCCGCAUUCAAUCACCCGAAAACGUAUUUCGCAAGGGUGUUAUCGAUGAACGUGACUCUCCUAUAGUAGUCAGCAGACGUUUGUCGCAAACCGAUGCGGAACUUGCAUUUUGGAUGGGCGACUCUAGCGAGGCUCUAAAAAUUCCCCCAGGAGGUGCACCGUCCGCAAGGGGUUUAGAACCGUUCAACAGGCUGCUCAAUGAACUAAUGAAAGAAUCAUUGGAGGGAUUUCAGAGCCCGCCUCCAAACAAAGUAGCCAGCGAGCUUUUUAUUCGUGAUCCGAUACAACAUGAAGGUGAUGUUGAGUUGGAAUAUCAAUCAGAAUAUGAAUUUGAGUCGGACGGUGAAAAAAAAAGUGAACUGAGUGAAGAAUAUCAAUCGGGAUCGGAUAAUGAAAAGGAUAGUGAACAAGCACAUCAGGCUGCUUCCGAUGGCGAUACGAGUGCAGAGAUUGAGGAUAAAUAUGAGAAUGAAAUUGAAAAGUCGGAUGGCGGAAAUGAAAGUGAACGGGAAAUUGAAGAUCUGGAUGGUGGAAAUGAAAGUGAACGGGAGAUUGAAGAUUUGGAUGGUGGAAAUGAAAGUGAACAAGAGAUUGAAGAGUUGGAUGGUGGAAAUGAAAGUGAACAAGAGGUUGAAGAGUUGGAAGAUGGUGGAAAUGAAAGUAAACAAGAGAUCGAAGAGUUGGAAGAUGGUGGAAGUGAGAGUGAACAAGAGAUUGAAGAGUUGGAGGAUGGUGGAAAUGAAAGUGAACAAGAGAUUGAAGAGUUGGAAGAUGGUGGAAAUGAAAGUGAACAAGAGAUUGAAGAGUUGGAAGAUGGUGGAAGUGAGAGUGAACAAGGUGUCGAGGAGAAUUUUGAAUUCAGUGACGAUAAUAAUUAUGAUUAUGAGGGUGAAGUGGAUUUUCGAUCAGAAUUAGAUGCUCGGAUCGGAGGCGAAUGUGAAGAUAACGAUGGGACGGCAUACCAAUGCGUGGUGGAUAGCGAGUGUGAGAAUGCAACGAUGUCUAGACUUGAGAUCGAGGCUGAAGUAAACGGAAUGCAUGAAAGGAGUAGAAAAAAUCCAAGACCAAGGUGUGUUACGAUUGCAUAUCUCUAG